AUGGAUGCCAUCGUUCGCGCGUUGACUCGGCGAAGCGCGCGUGGACGCGACGAAGAAGACGACGCCGCGGACGAAGACGACGUGCGGGCGUUCGUGGGAGUGAUUGAAAAGUAUAGAGAACAGCCGACGGUGCUGGAUCCGAUGCUGGGGGGCGUGAUCGAGCCUUUGAUGGACGCGGUGGCGCGAGCGUCGACGGAGGCGAACGAAAACGAAAACGAGAACGCGAACGCGAAGGCGAACGCGAACGCGUGCUGCAGGGCGCUGGAUGCGCUGUCGAGCGUGCGCGGAUGGAAGACGUGCGUGCGGUUCUAUCCGAACGCGGCGAAGUAUUUAGAGCCGGCGGUGCGUCUGCUGCGGGAAGCGCGAGUGCGUGGAGACAAUACGUGGGAAACGCAACGCGUGCUCACGAGUUGGUUGUCGAUUUUGGCGUUGGCGCCGUUUGACUUGGUGUCGAUCGAUAGCGCGAUCGAUCCGCAUUCGUCGCGUUCGAAAAUUCCGAGCGUCGUGAGUGAUUUGAUGCGAGAGUGCAAGCACUUUUUAGGCGAUCCGUCCGCGGUGCGCGACGUGGCGGCGCAAACGCUCGCCAAGCUUCUCACGCGACCGGACAUGAGCGAGGCGUUGCGCGAGUUCAUGACCUGGUCGAGCGCGACGCUUCGUGGAGACGUCAAUGAUGAAAAGGAAAGAGAAAUGAUUUUCUUAGUACCGGGUGUACUGCGGGCGCUCGCGGCGAUAUACAAGAUUGGAUCUCGAGAGCAGUUGCUGCCGUACGCGGAGGGAAACUGGGACGACGCGCAGUAUUGCGCGACGCGGCUAAGUUUGGCGAAACGCUCGACCAUGGUGAGACAACUGAGUAUCAAGCUCGCCAGUCGCGUGGGUUUGGUUUUUAUGAAACCUCGAGUGGUGUCGUGGCGAUAUGAUCGUGGUGCGCGGUGUUUGCAAGAUAACUUGAGCGGGGCGAUGCAAAAGCCGCCGACGAAGCAACUCACCACGGCGGCGGACGAAGAUGAUAAAUGCGACGUGCACAUGGCUGUUGAUGAUAUUGUUGAAAUAUGUCUCGUCGGUUUGCGAGAUGCGGAGACUAUCGUACGCUGGACAUCGGCGAAAGCGUUGGGGAGAAUUAGCUCUCGACUCCCGCGUGAUUUUGGUGACGAAGUCGUUGGAGCGGUUUUGGCGUGCUUAUCGGUUAUCGAAAGCGAUUCAACUUGGCACGGCGCAUGUUUAGCUCUGGCUGAGCUCGCUCGACGUGGAUUGUUGUUGCCGAAUAGAUUGGUGGAGGCCGUACCGCGAUGCAUGGACGCUCUCAUCUACGACGUUCGACGAGGAGCGCACUCAAUCGGUGCGCACGUGCGAGAUGCGGCAGCAUAUGUAUGUUGGGCGUUUGCGCGCGCAUAUGAACCGGGCGUUUUCGAACCUUUUGUCGACCAACUUGCACCGAGGCUUCUCAUGAUAUCGUGUUUCGAUCGUGAAGUUAAUUGUCGCCGAGCCGCAUCCGCUGCCUUUCAAGAAGCCGUCGGACGGCUCGGCAAGUUUCCUCACGGCAUCGACAUUGUCACCGUGGCGGAUUACUUUUCGCUUGGAUCGCGAACCCGAGCUGCGUUGACGGUGGCACCAUUCAUCUGUCAGUUUGAAGAAUAUAGGCGUUCGUUACUCGAGCACGUGUUGGACACGAAGCUCACGCACUGGGAACUUGCCACGCGGCAACUCGCGACGAAAACAAUCAGAGCUCUGGGUAAUUUAGACCCGCAGUGGAUCGGUGACGUAGGCAUAAAAACAGUUCUGUCGCGCGCGACGAGUUCUGACUUGUCGACGCGCCACGGCGCUGUGCUUUCGAUCGGUGAGAUGUUACUCGUGACACAGCGUGCAAAAACAAAACUCGAAGACGACUGUUUCGAACGAGUAGCCGAUUUAGUUCAAAGUAUGGAAAGGGAGAAGAUGUACAAAGGAAAAGGCGGCGAAAUAAUGCGUGGCGCGACGUGUAGGCUCAUUGAGUGCGUGUUUUUGUGCUGCGACGAGAAUCACAAGAUUGACUCGAAGGCGACAGAUGCCUUUGUCUACUUUGCGGAAGAGAGUCUGCAGUGCUGCAACGGAGACGUACAGGCUGCCGCCUCAGACGCCAUCGCCGCAUUUACAGAGACGAAUUACGCUUCGCGUGGAUCUCACCGUGCUCAUUGCUUGCUAUUGAGGCACGCUGAAAUCGUCGUCAACGAUCUCGUAGGUGUCGUGCGGCGUGGAUCGGCGCUCGUAUUAGGCGGAUUUCCUGUGACAAGUCUUCUCGCCGCGAAAAAUAGUGAAGAUAAAAGUGCAACUCUGCGCGCGGUCAUCACGGCGCUGUCGGUAGCCACGAAACCGGAAGAAGAUGUAGAAAUGAGAGACGCCGAGACGCGGGUGAACGCAACGAUCAGUCUCUCGGAGCUGAGUGUGAAAUUAAUGUGUGCAGAGUGCCAUGAUAUCGAUGACGACGACAUCGCCUUUGUAUCGGACACUGCGAUCGCCACUUUACUCGGAUGUUUGUGCGACUACAGCGUUGACAACCGUGGCGACGUCGGCUCGUGGGUGCGAGAAUCGGCGAUGAAAUGCUUCCCUGUGCUUGUCGCCGCUUUGCAAAUGCGCAAUGCUUUAGCUGCAGAUCAGUCGCAAAACAUCAUGACAGCACUUCUCAAGCAAGCAUUCGAAAAAAUCGACCGCAUUCGAUGUCAAGCGCUUGUGACGCUCGUGCAGCUCGUGCGUGGUGGUGACGCGAUUCGAGUUAGAAUGCGAGUGCAGGCCAAACUAACAGUACACGCGCUCUCUGGUGUGCCAGACUACGAUGUUUUACAAUGUUGCUUGCCAGCGACUGUCGAAACAGCGCCAGAUGCUUCCCAUGUCUCGACAAUUUUCGCGACGUUAACUCCCGUUCUCGGCGCAGAGGCGUACGUCAACGCCGCGUUGAGCGGAUGGUUUCUGAGUUGCGGAAGUGUAGGCGACAGUCUGGUGCGCUUUUCGACCGAUGCGUUGUUACGAGCGAUUAGGCGGUUUGAGGGCCUUCCAGAUAUUGUUGUGGCAUCGAUUAUACAAGAUCUGUGUCAAAACAAGCACGUUGAUCGCGUUACGGUACCGGCUUUACGAGUGUGCGAUGCCCUAAUUUCGCACGGCGCGUUGGAUCAGGCGCACACGCACGCGAUUCAACUCAUCGAAGCUAUUCGUUGUGAGUGUUUCUCGAGCAGAGAUAUUUCAAAGCUCGUCACUGGGAGCGCAUGCCUGGCUCACUUCGUCGGUGCUGCUGAUAGCGUCGUUCACGAAUCAGCAUCGAUGGGGCUACUCGCACUCAUGGCGAACCGCUUCCCUCGCGUGCGUUGCGCAGCGGCGGAGCAUUUGUACAUUGCCCUCCUUGCUGUCGCCGAACCGAGUCGGGGAACUGAAAACGCAGCUGAAACCCUGUCGUUGAAUUCGUGGGACGCACCACCGAGUGUCAUGAAAGAAACACGCAAAAUAAUUUAUAGUUUACUAGGACUAGACCUCCCAGCUUUCAUGCUGAAAGCUUCGGGAAAACUUCGGGACCGACGAGCGGAUGAAAGAGAGAACUCGACGUAUGCGUCGCUCGUUGGAGAUACCGGUUAUUAG